AAUUCACAACUGUCAACGUAUCAUGCUAGACUGUUAAACUCAAGACAGAUUAAUUUCGUUCUGACAAAAAUCCAUGCUGAUGCAGUUGGGCAUUUCGGACAUUUACACUGGGGUCACCAAAACAAGACAAUACCAAAACGGAGCAGGACCACCAGUCUCCAUGACAACCUUGAAUUUUCAUGAAGUUAGAGGGGGAUAUGGGGACUACAUUCUUGUUGAUGGUGUGGGAAUCCAACCCGACGACAUCUUCUUCUUUUACCAUUCAGAUGCUGCAACUGCAUUGAACACCGUUGAUUACGCAUCUGAUAACCUUCAAACUUUGGUUCACAAUGAUUCCGAUAUCCAGCGAGAGGUGUUCGGAGGGUUUAUCUUCUCCAGCAACAAACGCGGCAUAUCGUUGUUCAAUAGACGUAAUGUUGAGUGUAAGCCGUUUGCUGACAACUUCCCAGGAGUUCCGGUAGCCGGAAUGUUUGGAAAUGGGGAGAUCGCGUGUGGUGCUUUGCUUGGUGAAGAAGAAAACCAAGAACUCGGUCAUCCUCGUUGCUGCGUCCAUGCUUGUAGCUCUGUGUACUUGGCCAUGACUUACGUUCCUCCGCAAGCUCCAUAUUCCUUGGAGUAGAUGUUUUGGUCGGUUUUCUCCCAUUGGAAAAAAUAAAGUUUGGAGAGAUUAGGGUUCUUGUGGUCUUGUUUUUGUUGGGGAGUUGGCAGAAGUUGGUGUUCUGUCUUGUCAUAUGUUGUUGUAAGCGUUUGGAUUAUGUACUGGGUCUGAGGCAAGCACUUCAUCAUGGCUUCUAUAUAUAUAAAUCAGAAGUGCUUGUAGUGCUUUUGUUGUUGGUAAUUUAAGUGUUAGGAGUGUUAUCUUAUGUAUCUUUGUUUGCAACUCUAAUAACAAAGGGAGAAAUAUUACCCUUUUGUACAUA